AUGGCCUCUCUCGCCCUCCAAUUCCGCGUCGCAGAUGCCGCUGAUGCCCCGCAGAUCCAGCACCUUGUAGAAUCCGCCUUUCGAGCAAGCGACCCUCGUCAAGAUUGGACUGGCAACACCGAGCUCGCGUCCCACUUCUGCCUCGCCAUGGACGAGGUACAAUCGAAGCUCAUUAAUCCCGACGUCGUCACCCUCGUGGCCCACGACACAAGCGACCCGGCGGCCCUUGUCGCAUCCAUCGAGGUAUCCAAGCGCGACGGCGCGGGCCGCCUGUCCAUGAUUGCCGUCGAUACGUCCCACCAGCAGGGCGGCGUGGGGAGACGGGUCCUUGAGCAUGCCGAAGACUACUGCCGCCGGGCUUGGGGCGUCGACAAGUUUUCGUUGAAUGCUCUUUCUACGCGCAGGGCGCUCAUUGAGUGGUAUAUGCGCCGAGGAUACGAGAAGACAGGAGAAACGAGCCGCUUUCCGGCCGAGAGGUUCCCUGAACUGCGUCUUCCUGAGGAUAUAUGUUUUGUUGAGCUGGAGAAGAGCUUGAAACGGCGUAAUUCCCUUCCACUACACCGCCAGUGA